GUUGAUUUGUUUACGAAAGAUAAUAUUUCGUCGGUCAAUACUUCAAUUAAAAUUGAUAAUGUUAAAAUAACAAAUCACCGCAAUCUAAGUACUGAUUUUCGUUCGUAUAAGUAAUAUAGAAAAUUCUCGUCAAGAUAUUACGCUGCACAAUUAAAAAAAAUGUCUUUGGAACAAACUGCCUGUGAUGACUUAAAGGCAUUUGAGCGCCGACUAACAGAGGUGAUUGGAUGUUUACAACCGGCAACAAUGAGAUGGAGAAUAUUAUUGGCUGUAGUAUCAGUCUGUACUGCUAUGGCUGCAUGGCAUUGGCUCACUGACCCUUUGACUCCUGUAGUUUCAUUGACGCAGUCACUGUGGAAUCAUCCCUUCUUUGCCUUCACAUCAACAUUAUUAGUGCUAUUGUUCAUGAUGGGUGUGCACAGAAAGGUGAUAGCUCCAAGUAUUAUCACAGCAAGGACUCGAUCAGUUCUAAAUGACUUCAAUAUGUCUUGUGAUGAAACAGGAAAACUUAUUUUGAAACCAAGGCCAGCAAAUAAUUAAGUAGUCAACA